GAGAGGAGCAAAUGCAUUGCGGAGGGAGAGGAGGAGGAGGAGGAGGAGGAGGGCCUACAGCUAUUGUUCAUGUCAUCCCGUGAACAAAGGGCUCAUCUGGGUCUGUAUGUAAACCCACAGCAGGCUUCAGCCCACUGACAAGGCCUCAUGCGGGACAAAACAUAACCGACCGACUCCCGCAAUUUAGGCCUUAUUCCCUUUCGGUCUCGCGGUUUGAGGAGAUUUUUUUUUUUUUCAUUGAUCCUAUUCAGAGGGACGUAUUGUGUUGGUACGUUGCGUCCAGCCAACCGCCGUCCAGCGGGCCUAUCCGUUUUUACGCACGGAGCGUACACACGGUCUAUCAUCACGGAUCUGUAAACAUCAAUUUUCUGAUUGGACUUCUUUGCAGGCUGUUCCUCCAAGUCGUUCAAGCUGUACUCCCCCAAGGAGCCCCCCAACGGUAGCACUUUUCCCCCUUUCCACCCCGGCACCAUGCUGGACAGAGACGUGGGUCCAACCCCAAUGUAUCCUCCCACAUACCUGGAGCCAGGAAUAGGGAGGCACACGCCAUAUGGCAACCAGACAGACUACAGAAUAUUUGAACUCAACAAACGGCUACAGAACUGGACAGAGGAGUGCGAUAACCUUUGGUGGGAUGCAUUUACUACAGAGUUCUUUGAAGAUGAUGCCAUGUUGACCAUUACUUUCUGUCUGGAGGAUGGACCCAAACGCUACACAAUUGGUCGGACGUUGAUUCCAAGGUACUUCCGGAGUAUAUUCGAGGGCGGUGCCACCGAGCUCUACUAUGUGCUCAAACAUCCCAAGGAGUCCUUCCACAACAACUUUGUCUCCCUUGACUGUGAUCAGUGCACCAUGGUCACCCAGAAUGGAAAGCCCAUGUUCACACAGGUGUGUGUAGAAGGGCGCCUGUACCUGGAGUUCAUGUUCGACGACAUGAUGAGGAUAAAGACGUGGCACUUCAGCAUCAGACAACACCGUGAACUCAUCCCCCGCAGUAUACUGGCCAUGCAUGCCCAGGACCCACAGAUGCUGGACCAGCUGUCCAAAAACAUAACAAGAUGUGGCCUGUCGAACUCCACCCUUAACUACCUCCGACUGUGUGUGAUUCUGGAGCCCAUGCAGGAGCUGAUGUCCAGACACAAGACAUACAGCCUCAGCCCCAGAGACUGCCUCAAAACCUGCCUCUUCCAGAAAUGGCAGAGGAUGGUGGCACCGCCAGCUGAGCCAUCAAGACAGGCCCCAAACAAGCGGCGGAAGCGUAAGAUGUCAGGCGGCAGCACCAUCAGUGGAGGAGGAGGAACGAAUAACAACAACAACAACAAAAAGAAGAGCCCCGGCAGCGGCUUCCCUCUGUCCAGCCAAGUUCCAGAUGUGAUGGUGGUGGGAGAGCCCACGCUGAUGGGAGGAGAGUUUGGCGACGAAGACGAGCGUCUGAUCACACGGCUGGAGAACACACAGUUCGAUGCAGCCAACGGCAUCGACGAUGAAGACAGCUUCAACAACUCUCCAGCGCUCGGCUCCAACUCGCCCUGGAACAACAAGGCCCCCUCCAGCCAGGAGAGCAAGAGCGACAACCCCACCUCACAGGCAUCGCAGUAGAGUCCAGCGCCCCGCGACCUCAACACAAAAAGCCCCUCUCUGUCACUCCUCAAAAUGCCCUCCCCACCCUCCACCCCACCAGCCACGAGUGCAACAGCAACAGUCUAUCCCCUGCUCGCCAACCCAGGCGUCAUUGUAGAGCUGAGAUUCAUCUCCCACACACACACACACACACACACACACACACACACCAGGUGGUCCAUAUGUCUCAGACAAUGUCACUGAGCCAGAGGAAGUUUUACAAGUUGCCAUCAUUGCUGUGACUUUCCCAUAUUUAGACUGUCUCCCCUUUCCUCAUCUCACACUCAAAAUGUCCCAUCGGCUCUUGCUAAUUUUCAGUUUGGACAGCGACCGGGGUAGAUGUGACCGAGGAGGCGCGGGGAUUUAAUCCAGGGGAGACCUGUGCACACUAAACCAUCCAUACUGAAGUUCACAUGUAGGAAGUAGAGGAUGUGGAGGGUGUGGAGGGGAUGUUGGCAGCAGGGCUUCGACACGGUGGCGAGUUGCUUAGGGACCACUUGUCCACCCAUCCUCUAAACAUGGCUCUCAAUUCUGGUCUCUUCUCUGUCGACGCACAAGUCACUCAUAAUGUUUCUUAAUAGAGUAUAUGUGUGUGUGUGAGCGUGUGUGAGUGUGUGUGUGUGUGUUGAGAGGAAAGAGGCAGUCUGAGCUUAUUUGUGGCUUUGCUGAAGCAGACGGACCAGAAUUUAGAGUCAGUCUAUAAAACCAUUGAAAUUCAAACACUAGUAGAAGAGCUGAAAUGUGGCACUAGGGAAACGUCACACACACACACACACACACACACACACACAGACACAGACAAACACACACAAUAAUUGAAGGAUUUUGAGUCCCCUAGUGCCCGAGCCAUCUCUGAUUAGACUACAAUGGAUGCAGUCUUUCAAACAGAGAGCAUUUUCAACACACAACACACACACACACACACGCAGUUACACAUUUUAAGAGUUUUUAUACAGUAUAUAUUUCCCUAGAAUGUUUUUUAAUUUGUAUUAAACGCCUUCAUUUCAAUUGUUACUUUUUUAUUUUCUACCAAUACUGAAAAGCUACAGACCAAGGAGCAACACAGGACUUUUAUCCCUCCCCCCUCUAAAAUAUAUUGUUUUUAUCUUUUAUGUUUAUAAAAGAGAAAUAAUUUAGUGUGGAUGUUUUUAUUUUGUCUUUUUUGUUCCUUUUUUUUUUUUUUUUGGAGAUUUAAAUUUUUGUGUAUUUGUGCUUGUAUAUUUAAGGUAGUAGCAAAGUUCUGUCUGACUGUAAUAAAAUGUAUUCUUACUUAGAUUUACCUAAAGCCAUCCCGAUCUAAUGUAAAGAAACAAAAAUAGGAAAAAGGAGAAAAAACACUCAUGAAUCUGUCCCCUCUAUCUUCCCACCUGCUCUUUCCUCUUCCCUCUUUUUUAAAAACUUGUGUAAAUUAAAUUACAAAAAACCUCCCGGGGGUACAACGGCACCAUGGAGUGAUGAUUUCACAGUUUCAGUUCAUGUCUUUUAUAUUUAUUUUGGACAUUUUUAGAAAUUCACUCGUCAUGUCUUUCAUUAUUACAUUUACAUUAAUCACAAUUUUGUGUAUGUCAACUUUCAACUCGAUGUCAAGUGAAUGUGCUCACUGAAUUUUAGUUAACCGGUGAAUUUCAUGUUUCAUCACUGGCUAAACGCAGAUAUUUUUUUAAAAAUUAGUUUUUAAGUUAACCUAACAUUUGUUGUUGUGCAGUGUGUCCUUCAUGACCAACAGAAUGAAACCAUCAGUCAUCCAAACAUUUUCUAAAGCCAGCUCAACAUUAUGUUCAGUCGGCAUAUUUGGUAGCAAUGCUGAGUCUGUAAAGAUUUAAAAACAGCUGAAGCUCUGUUUGUUGUUUUGUACAUUUCCAUUUCGUUACAGUUGAUUCCAGCAACAGUUAUGAUUGAGUUCGAAUGGUGACUUGUACCUUCUCCAAUCCCCUGUAGAAAAAUCAUCGUUUGAUAUAUAUUUUUUUGAUUUGGUUAGUUUCUGCCCUUGAUAAUUAAUGUAUGGUACCAAUAAAAAGAUACAUUUUCACUUUAAA